AUGUCAACGACGAAGAAGUCUCGGCGGGAAAUUCUAGAUCACGAUCAAAGUCAGCAAAAGUUAUCAAAAGGCGACACCGCGCCAAGGUCUCGGCUGCGAGAAGAAAUACGACUAUCAGACGGAAGUGAUGUGGUAGAGCAAGCACAGACUCCCAAUGCCGAGCCUAAGGUGGUAGAGGCUGACAUUCAUGAGGGAUUGAUGCCGGAAGAGAUUGAUCUUUUGGCAACCAUUGAUGCCAAUUCGGAAAGUCCAAUUUCCCAGUACCCCGCCUAUCAAUCCACAUCGACUUUCCCAAGUAGUGAAGAUGCUGAAGAGGAUGUUGUCAUUGCAAGAUUUCACCCUGGAGAAGAAACGCCCCCAACAACAGGUUGGUCAAGCGUUUUGGAGACAUCUCAAAUGCCAAGUUCGUCAAAUAGGGCACAAGAGGAAACGAGUUUUUUGAGUGAAAGUUUGAGAAAUGGUGCUCCAUCUCUGGAAUCAAACGGUCCCAUUGAAGAUGAUGACGACAAUGGCGAUUUUGGGGGCGAUGGUUUUGAUGAUGAGACGGAUGAAGAUUUUGAUGAAACGCGUGAGAUAGGACAAUUUUCCGACGGAAAAGUGGACAAUGCUACUGAAGAUAUGCAAGAAGAGGAUUUUGAAGAUGAGAUGGACGAUGAUAUGGAUCAUAGACCCGAGUUUGACACUAUCAUGGAGAGUGAAGGAUUUAGUCUGAUAUCGCUUGAUUCUGUACCGUCGUUGAGGAAACCGUUGAACGGAGUACUCCCAGAUGAGGGGCAAAACUUGGCCGCACGUCCUCAGAAUAAAAAUAUUCUUUCAGUCCAAAAUACCGUACAGCACAACUCAUUUUCGAGUGUAGCACCAGAGAUCCUUGAGGCUGCAACACCAGGCAAGAAACUUAAGAAUCCUCAAAUUUUCCGCGUCCAGGAAGCUCGAGUUGAUGAUUCAUUUUCAAGCAUACCACCCGAGAUUCUCGAGGCCGCAACCCCAGCCCCAGCGCGAAAAAGGGGCGUUGAGAUGUCAUAUCCAGGAAGUUCCGCGGUAGUUGGAGAAAAUGUAGCCGGUUAUGCCGAUAGCAGCCUGUCGGAUACUCGUAUCAAGCCUCCUAAAACAGCUGGAGGAUUAAUCGAGGAUUCAUCGUCUACCAAGCAUGCAGCUCCACUUGACGCUGCCACCCCACGUUUAAUGCGCAAAGCACCGCUUCGGCCGAGUUCAACAAAGAACCAUCCAAAUCGCCCCUCGCCACCAACGAAAGAAUCUAAGCAGUCAACUUCGAUAAAAAAUAAUAGGGGCAAAUUAACAGGAAGUCAAGAUACUGAAAACCUCGCUGAAGAAUCCUUCAUCAACUCGCAAAUCCAUUCCUCGCCGCCUGCAAUUGCACCACGCAGAUUUACAUAUACAGCACAUGUUCAACAGCAACGGCAAACAAACCUUAAGCUGACACAGACUCCAGCUAUUGUGUUCUCAUCCCCCACAUUGCCACCACCUAUCCAGCCACCAAGGCAACCAUCCGAGAGGCCAGAAUCUUCAAACACAAAUGCGUCAUCACCAGCUGAAAAAGCUGGCCGUAUUUUGCAAGAUAUUGUUAUACCAUCAUCAUUGCCCAGAAGUAGAUCCGAGAGUCUAGCUAGCCCAUUUAAGAGUCCAGCAACAGGGAGAAGAUCUAGCUCAAGCGCAUAUCCAGAUACCAAUAUUAGUCGUUCUAUGCCCGCUGAGCAGCCUCAAACGUCGCUGCCAAAACUAGAUCAUAAUGGAGACUUGGGUUCGAAACAUUCGCGAAGAAGAAGCUGGAGUAGGCCUGUUCUCGACGAGGACCCAUUUGUUGGAAAUGGAGCAGCGCAAAGACGUCCAUCUAUGGAUAAAUCACAAAAUGUCAAUCUUGAACUACCUAGUAGCCGUCGCAUGUCUGUUUCUAUAAAUGCGGCGGUCAUUCCUCAACACGAGUCGUCAAGAACCAUCAAUUCUAUGAAUUCGCAGCUUGAAGAGACUGACCGCAACGGAGCUGUUGAAAAACCAGUGCCGUCGUCAUCGUCAUUGGAGAAAAAGCCCGUGGAGACUAAAAGAACUUUGAGUAGCCUACAAGAGAAAUGGGCAGCAGAACGAGCUGCGAUAAGUAAACAAAUCUCUACAGCCAGUACCGAUGAAGUUAUGUUUCUAAGUUCCGAUGAUGAUGACGAUAGAAAUGAAGACGAUGAUAACGAUCUGGUUGCAGAUGAAGAACAGGAAAAUUUACCCGGAAAGAUGCGUAUCAAUCUUGAAGACGAUGAUAAUGCCGACAAUAGUGUCGAUAACCAUGAAGAAGAAGAAUUUGAAGACGAUGAAAGCUUUGGACUCUUACUGGAGACCCUAGAUGCUUCCAAUCAGGAAAAUCAGCUUCACUCUGACAAAUCCGACCACGCGGAACGACCUAAACGAAGUAAAAUUCCUAGCCCGUGGAGAACAAAUAGCAAGCGUUUAGUGUAUAGCGAUGAGCUUGCUAGCCCAUUACCUGACCAUGACGCAGAAGCCCCCAUGGUCGAAGAGCCCUCGCCAAAAAGCGUUUCGAAGCAGGCUGAUGUAUCGAAAAGCUCUCCAAAAAAUCCUCAACCUGAAAGUGACUCAACCCUUGACUUGUCUGGGUGGCAGAUACCACAGAAGCAGAAUUUUCAGCCAAAGAUUCGUAGCCUAGGUAAUACGAAGCCUGAUAUAUCUGCACUUCUACGGUCAUCGCCAUUUGGCGGUCUACCAACUCUUUCUAAUAGAGAAGGGCCGAGCGCUGAAGGACGAUCAUCGAAAGAGUUACCAUCUCCUCGGGCGUCACACUUCGACCCUCCUCAGGACAGUUUAUCUGGUGAUACCGAGGAAGAAACGAGCUCAUUUGCUCCCAUUCCCCAAAAAGUAGGAUUCCAACCUCGAGUUCGUGAGAAUGGUGAUGCGCGAACUGCACCCAUCUCUCAAUCAAUAAGGGGCAUUUUUGGAAAUUUUGGAUCCACAAGGACCAAUCUACCAACCCCAGAAACAUCAUCAUCGUCCUUAGUUGGUGCUCUGACAAACACAUCGCCAAGCAGGAGCAACAAGCUUAAAGUUCCUGCGAUCCAACCUGACCCUGCCCAGAGUUCGUCUUCCGAACUUUCAGUACCUAACACAUCCGCGCCCGUCAAAACAACAGAAAAUCAACAGCUUCAAAAUCCUAAGCCAAAAUGGACCCAACAUCGUCUCGAAGCUCCCAUUCCUCCUUCCCCUACAAAAUCUAUACUUCGCUCGCCUCUACGCUCUACUGCCCCGCCGUCUCAACCUUCCCCUAGCAAGAACGUCGUCUUCGCUUCCUCCUCUCCACAACCCAGUUCUCCUACAAACCCCCAACUUUCUCCUACACACUGGACACGCGAUCACUGGCUUCUUCUCGACUCCAUUCUACAAACCUGGAAGCCGGAGAAUCAGAACCACGAUGCCUCGGAUUCCGAGGUCAAUUCAACUGGAUCUUCCAACUCUAAAUACGGAAGAAGAAAUUCCACAAGAGUUAUUAGUGGACUAUUGGAAAGAUAG